AUGAAAUCGGCCAAUCGGCACGUCCUGUCAUGGUAUUCCUAUGCCGCAGCUGCAGAGGUCUUUGCUGCUUGCGGCAUGGCCAUCUUCUUGCCUAUCACAUUGGAGAAAAUGGCCAGAGACGUUGGAAACGUCUGGCCGGAGCUGAGAGUCCCGUGUACGGGGGUUCAGGCACCAGACGGAGCAGUGUGCAAGGCUCGGAUCCUUGGCAAAUGGGUAGACACGGCAUCUUUCAGUAUGUACGUCAAGUCUAUCGCGGUGGCCGUACAGGCUCUGGCAAUCAUCUCCAUCGGACCUCUGGCAGACUCUCCGUACUGGCGAAAGCGACUGCUCAUUACCUUUGCUCUCGCCGGGUCGGCCUCUGCUAUAGCUUUCUUCUUGUUCCCGAGCGACAUUCGCGGCUGGGUUCCUGUAAUCGCCGCAUGCUUGACGGUCGUGGGCAACACCGGAUAUGGGACCAGUAUCGUGUGUGCCAAUGCUUUUCUGCCUUCACUGGCGAGAGGAGUCGCCCGGGACGAUGGGCGUGAGAAUGCCGCCGAGACCGAGUCGCUACUCCCUGAUCCCAUCAACGAUGCUAUCUUAUCCACGUCAGCCGCAGAUCUAGCCGCUGCCGAGGUCUCGGUGCCCAGGCUGCCGAUAUCUCUGGCCACCUCUCGAAUAUCGUCUCUCGGAGUGGCAAUCGGUUGUUUCACGAGUUUUGCAGUCCUCGCUCUCCUUACUAUACCAGUGACUGUCGGUCAAGGCUCUGUCAAAUCACUCAGCCUCGCCAUCGGUAUCAGUGGAACUUGGUGGGCCGUGUUUACUCUGCCAGCGUGGAUCGGGCUCCCCGGCAGACCAACAGAAGAUGAUGUUCAGAAUACCACACAAACCGGCCGGUGGCUAUCGAUCGCUUGGCGUCGAGUUGGUAACAUGAUUCGCUGGAGAGAGGUCAAACGUUUACCAAACCUCUACUUUUUGCUAUUCGCUUGGGUGUUCCUAGCAGAUGGCUUUCACACCACGACAUACACCGCUAUCCUGUAUGCCUCUUCCUCGCUUCGUAUGUCACCGUCUCAAAUCAUUAUCAUCGGUCUUGCCGUCCAAUUCUUCGCCGUCAUCUCCUCCGUCCUCGCUCCUCGAUUUCAGAAACGCAUCGGCUACUCCAAUCUCCGUCUCCUCAUCGUCAUUGUCAUUCUUGCUCAGAUCUUACCUCUAUACGCCUGUCUUGGGCUGCUCAUACCCUAUGGCGGCCUUCGUAGCCCUGCAGAGAUGUACGUGGCAGCCGCUUGGUUUGGAUUUCUCUAUGGCCCUUUCAACAGCUACUCUCGAGCAGUAUACGCCGAGCUCAUCCCGCCAGGGCACGAAUCAUCUUUUUUCUCCCUCUUCUCACUGACCGAUAAGUCAGCCUCUUUUGCAGGACCUUUUGUCGUCGGGCUUAUAGCUGAUAAGACGGGGAACAUAAGGCUUGGUUUUUUAUUCCUUGCUGCCAUGCUGGCUGUACCUAUACCGCUUCUACUUGGGGUGGAUGUAGAGGACGGAAUAGCAGAAGGUCGUUCUUGGUCCGGUGUAGAUGCAGUCGAGCAUACAGAAUCAGUAGAAGCGGAUGUGUAG